CUACACACACACAUCUUCACAAAGACGACAUCAUGAGGCUUUAAAACACACACCCACAACUGCAGCAUCACUGUGCUGCAGCUGUGGAGGACGAGCGAAGCCUUUGCUCACAUCUCUGCCUCUUUUGCUCACACACACACAUAGAGACACGUGCUGCAGGGAAGAUCUGAACACUGGCUCGCUGAGCAUUAGACCCCCCCCCCCCACCCCCACCCUCUCUCUCUCCCCUGCUACUUCUUCAUCACUCUCGCUCCCUCUGCCUGUUCACCUUGUCUGUUCUGGUUUAUUGUUGCGUCAGAGCCACGGAGAAGCAUGCCAGGGGAGAGCACCCACAGGUCUGGCCCCAUCGACAAGCACCCAGAGCGGGGAGCUGAGCAAACUGGGCUCCCAGGACCAGACAUGACCAGGUACCCAUCGACAGACUCCACCCCAAGUGAUACUGGCUCCUCCCCCAGUGACAGUUGUUCAAGUCCGUCUCCAAGCACUCCACAGAAAAUUCUACCAGCAUGCACUUCUCCGUUUGGACCUCGGCUAUUUCGUGCAACACCCAGCUCCUCUGGAAUUCCGAGACCUCAGCCUGAAGGUUCAGACCGUCGCAACACAAUCCGAUUGUCCGGAAAGAUAGGCGGUCAUGGACCGCGUGGCCACCACAUGCCUGUUAAAAUGGAAAGAAUAAAGGUUCUGACUGGUUCUGAGGUGGAAAGUGAUUACCCAGAGUCUCAGAACAUGGACACCAGGGUGGUGAUGGGCGAAGAGACGCUGCUUAAAACAGCUGAAGUUCAGAAAAGAAAUCCUCCAAAUGAGCCCAGUGGUCAGACAAGCUCUCUGCUGGACAUCCAGAGUCUUUCUCAUCCUCAGGGACAACAAAAAGAUGCACAGCUGGAAAACAGUGAUGACAAAGACCAACCACAUGUCUCUCAGGAGGCAGAAGAUCAGGAAAAGGCUCCUGUCCAGCCAGCAUAUCCAUCCAUGUUGUCCCCUGAUCUGGCCACAACAGAUGACGAAGUACCAGAGGAAACUGAAGAGGGAGAGACCCUCUCUAAAGAUGAAGUGCCUUCAAACAUUUUUUCGGAGCUGGCUUGUCCAGUGGCUCUGUCAUUUUCUGAGCCAGCUUACGGUGUCGACCCACUUCGGAUAGGUGUUCCCUCGUCGCUUGACCCCGACCUCUACUACACUGCUCCCUCAACUCCAAUCAAAAUGCCCACCAGCUCUUCUCCUUCUCACCUUAAGCACCAUUCUUAUCCCGGCUCCCCGGCCUAUCCUCUGUCCCCUGGCUCACCCUCUGACAGCGAGGACCUCUGCUCUCCUCUUACGUCUCCAUCAGGCUCUUACAUCACAGCAGAAGGAGGCAGCUGGACAUCUUCCUAUACCUCCUCAACCUCCCAUUCGACUUCUCCCAACCUUCUCUUCCCAGAGGAAAUACAAGAGGCUCCUGCUUGCUUUGUGAACUCUCUGUCAGAGAUUGGAGAUGAAGUUGGGGAAGAAAAAGGAAGAGUAGGUCCAAAUCGGGAGGAAGAAAAGAUAAGGAACUUCUGCCUGUACCAUCCUCAGAACUUCACCAAUAAUUCGCAAGUAGGAAUCUUGGACACAGUGAUCCCCGAGGAGGAUGACGCUUCAAAAGCUGAUGAAAUGAAUAAUCCCAGAAGAAGUUCUCACUCCUGCUGGGUGUCUGAGAAUACAUCUCCUACAAGGACCAGUAGCAGCACAAACUCACAGGAAGAUGGCGGAGAGUCUGAGAGUUCGCUUUGCCCUCUAGAAGACGCUAACACAAAUUCUAAACCCAUACAGGCGGGUAUGACAUUGCCACUGGAGGCAUGUUUUUCAGAGGAAAAUUACGGACAGAUGGAUGCCCAUCCAGACCUUCUCUCCACUGCAUUGAGCCCUGAUGCAGACAGCAUGAAUAUGGCCUCUAGUAGCUUCAGCCCUGACUCACCAAUCCUUUUCCUGGAUGCCUUCUGUCCUGGAGCUCUUGAUCGGCUAGGUCCAGAUUCUUUCAUACUGUCCCAAGCAGCUUGUGCUAAUGAUACAUUAGAUGAUGACAGGAUGAUCCCAGCCUCCCUCAUACCUUUUCCACUUCACACCAGCCUGAUUUUCAAGGCUGAUUCAAUGGAGAUCACCUUGUUCCCCACAGAGGACGACAAUGACGUGGAAGCCAACAACAGGAAUGAAAGAAAAGACAAUGUUGAUGCAUAUGGAGCAGGAGAAGAAGAGGCAGACGUGGAAGAUGAUGAUGACGAAGAAGAUGAUUGUGAUAUCAAUGAGGAAUACACUUCUGAUAGCGCCAAAGAGACUGCAAAUGAUAGCAGGGAUAGCAACGGGGAAGAAAGAGAUGAGUCCAAAGUGGAGGUAAAAGUGGUAGAAGAAGAGCAAGUAGACGAUGAGCAGGAAGAAAAUGAGCAGGAAGUGGAUGAUGACGAUGAGUCUGGUAGCAAAGCAGUAGAUGACCCAACAGAUGAAGAUACCUCAGAAUCCUUCCUUCAUUCACUUUCAGAAACAUCUAUCAACGAUGGGUUGGAUGAAUCCUUCUGCUUCCAAGAUGACACAGAGGACUCUUUAGAUUCUGCCUCGUAUAACGGGGAGGAAGAUGAACGUCUCUACAGCACUGAGAGGCAUGCACAAUCACUAGAACCCUUGCCAACAGAUGGACCUGACCUGGCUCAAAUCCAACACCAGGCUGACCAAAGCUCAUUUCAGGAGGUACUUUUGCAAACACAACCAAACACAGAUGAGCAAGAUAAUCACCUCCAGACUGCUGCUCUCCCUGAUGCCAGUUCCAAAGACAUCAAUAAUCUAUCUAAAGCUGUUGAUACACCUUUAAACCCUGAAGAACAAACAGAUGCUGCAUCUAAAUCUGUCAAUGAAAGAGGAGAGGAAAAAUCUCUGUAUAUGCAAGAAACCACAGGAAAUCAUGAAGCCCAACAGCAAAUGACCCUAUCAUUAGAAGGGCAGGCAGACUCAUCUGAUAACCUGAACAACAGAAGAAAAAAUCAUGAAAUUGUGAAAAAGGAGCCUUCUUCUGAUGAGCCAAAGGACAGUCCAAACCAUGAUCAGACCUCCACUCCCAUUGUGAUUCUUGCAUCCCCUGAUUCUGCAACAAUGGCCAUCUCCACUCCGCCUAUAUAUGAGCAGGAGACAACAAGCAACCAUUCAAACCUUCAAGAGGAAUCUACAGAAGAAAGUCCCUGUGUAAACAGUGGCACUUUGACGCUGUGCAGUAAUGAUUCGGAGGUGGAACCCACUAAAGAACCAGAGAGAGACUCUUUUAUGUUGCUCAUAAAGCCUCGUCACAAGCAUUCAGAGAGUCAUAGGGCAGUAGGAGCAAGCAGAGCAGCGUUAUCAAAGUCCUUCUCUUGCAAACACAGUGAGCCUGUAAGAGUGGAGCCACUGCCAUUCAUCAACAGUGGGUCUGAAACCGAAGCUGACCACAACAAAGGGACUGCUUCAGUUGACGUUGGUACUGCAGAGUGUAAAAAUGAUUCUUGUCCACAACUGAAUAUGGUCAGUCCUACAAAUGACUUGAAUAAAGGUGUUUUCCUGCUGUCUUGCCCUAAAGAUCAAAAUCCUAGCUCAAGUAAUAUCCCCAUUUCUGCCUCACCAGAAUUCACUUCAGAACUUGCAGAUAACUUGGCUCUGACCCCCGAACACUGCCCUGGUGACCCUGCUCAGGAGAACCUGAGGGAGAGCUCUCUUAGUACUGAUGAGGGAGUCCUAGGAGCCGUCGGGUCCUCACAUUCCCCUCUUGCCAUCUCACCUAAAAGGGAAAAUUCAGAAACAGACACAAGUAGAGAGCUACACCCAGGAUUGGGGGUGUGGUGUGAUGCCGGGAUGGGGCUUGGUUUUGGUCCAGGGUUUGGCUCAAGGGGUAAGUGUGGUGUCUGGGAAGCCGACGAAUCAUUGUCUUUGUCUCUCGGUAAGAGGUAUGCCUUUGAGGCGGACAGUCUUCUCAUGUGUCACACAGAAAGCCAAAGCACACAAUCAACCAUAGUUCCCAAUGUGAGCAGUGAAGCCUGCACUAAUGACAACAACUUGUUUGUUGACGAUGAGGACAACAGCAUUGAUGAUAAAACGUUUCUCAUUGUGGAUGAAGAUCUGAUCAAACAGGGGGAGUCUAACUUGGCCCACUGGAAGUCUAUCGAAGAGAUUUCUGAAGCAGGUGGAAGAGAGGAUGAGAGCUCCAGAUUUCCAGAAGACAACAUCAGUAAUUUAAAUACUGACAACGAUAACAAUGAAACACAAAUACAAAACACUUGGAAUAAUUCGGAUUAUUCCUCCUUUCAGUACCUGGAUAUGGGCUCUUGUGUAAGUCUGAAUGCCCUUUCAGGAGAAAUGAGGCACGAAAGUGUGAAUGUCAGCAAAUCGUUGUCUAAUAUUCCUCUUGAUGAGAUUCCACCUAAGGUUCCUGGAGAAGAACCUCUGGAGGAUCCUACAGUCCAGACUUCAGACACAUCGCCAAGACAAAUCUUUGAGGACAUCGCUGCAAUAGGAGCUUCCAACGUUGAUGCAGCUGUUAAAGCCACAAACACAGAGAGUCAUUUGGUAGCUCCAGAAGCUACAAAGUUUUCUCUGCCACAGGGAUCUUUUGGAUCAUUUACGUCUAAAAGUAAAAGUGAUGUUUGCAGGUCUAGGAAUGCUCACAAAGGCAAUCUGGAAAAUGCCGUCUCUUUGUUAGAAGCAGAGAUGGUGGAUCUUCGGACUGUGGGCCAAAGAAAAUCUGAUGUUAGUUCAGUGACAGGCAUAAGAGUCGAUGAACCAAAAGCUACAGAUGCCUUUAGAGGAGAGAACUCGGUUUCUGUUAACUCAGGGGUAAAAGAAGAGGAGGGCAAAGGAAAAGAGAGAAAUGAAGAGACAGAAACAAAAACAGGAAAGUCAUCUUCUGCACAGAAUGGCUCAGAGCACGUUGGCUUUCACACUCUCACAGAAGCUCCUGCUAUGAAAGGGAGGAGAAAGAAGCAGAACAAACAGAGGGGUUCUCAGGCUGGAAAUCAGGCUGGCUUGAGCCCUGAUUUAGUUGAAAAUCCAAAGAAAACCACAGAUCAGACAACUGCAGAUAUGUGGUCGAAGGGGACUACAGGGAGUUCAAAACCUAAGAGAGACUUUAAUGGAAACAACAACGUUUCAUCAGCAGAUCUUCAACAGAGGACGUCUGGGAUACAGGGUUACAACAGUCUCAGCCCUGAUGUCAGCAGACAAGGUCACUGCAGUUCAGCCAUGAACGCAUCGGAUCACUUCAACAUUGUGGAAGAAGUGAAUCAAGAUGAACAUUGUAAGCAAGAAGCGCUUGAUAACAGACCUCUAAAGGACACUCAAAGAGGAGUCACAGCUGACGUGAAUGAAAACAUCGACCUCAGAAAGAACACCCCAAAAAUGUUCUCAUCUGCUCUGAUCUCUACCUCUUCAUCAUCCUCUUUACAGUGUGCCUCGACGCUGCCGGAGAACGGUCUCUCUACCCCUGUGCAGGAAUCCCAACCCGUCCUCUCAGCACAACAGUCCCCGUUAUCCCCGUAUCCCACAAGCUCCUCCCUUUUCUCUCCCUCCCCUACAUCUCGGAAAUUUACCUGUCCUUCAAGUGACCUCCAGCAGUUCACAAAUGUCUUUUCUUCAACAACUGCUGGAGGUGUUUCUUCCUCCUCAUCGUCCACUUGUUUGUCUUUAAGCCCGUCCAAGAGUACUAAUGAGCACAAGCAAGCAGUGUGUGUUCCAGACUCCUCUCAUGGUACCUUGUACCAACCUCAUUCACAUUCUCAUGUGAAUGCCAUUAACCAGUCUGUCAAGCAAGCUCCCACUGUGAGCACGCAGGACAGAUGCAGAGGUGCUGGAUUUUCCGAAGACAUGACAGACAGUGAGGAUGAUGUCCGAAGGCCCCGACAGGAUCAGACACAUCAGCCCAGAGGAAGGAGCAGAAAUGGAUCAUCAAAGUCUCUUCCAGUUAGUCAUCAGGAAGUCCAGCCCUACCAACAGGAGGAGAGGCACUCUGGCUGUCCAAUCAACUCCAGCCAGAACCUUCCUGAAGAGACUGACCUCAAAAAUGACAGUUCCUUUGUGGCUUCCUGUAAUGAGUCUGAGAGUGAAGGGUCAAUACCUGAGCUGGAAGAGCUGGAGCCGCUUAGGCCAUCAGAACCACAUUCCAUCCCUUCUGCAGACGACACCCUGAACAGACCUAAACAAAGCCGAAGUGAAAAAAAGGCUCGCAAGGCUAUGUCUAAACUGGGUCUAAAGCCCGUCCACGGCGUUACCAGAAUCACGAUUAGGAAGUCCAAAAGCAUAUUGUUUGUCAUCAGCAGACCAGAUGUGUUCAAAAGCCCUGUCUCUGACAUUUACAUCGUAUUUGGAGAGGCAAAGAUUGAAGACUUAUCUCAGCAGGCUCACAAAGCAGCAGCUGAGAAGUUCAAGGUGCCAAUGAUGUCCUCUCCUUUAGCGACGCCUGUCCCACCCAGCCUCACCAUCAAAGAAGAGAGCGAGGAAGAGGAGGAGGAGGUGGAUGAAGGAGGCCUUGAGCAGAGAGACAUCGAGCUGGUGAUGGCCCAGGCCAACGUGUCACGAGUAAAGGCAGUCCGUGCGCUGAAACACAACAACAAUGACAUUGUGAAUGCAAUCAUGGAGCUGACCAUGUGAGGACUCUGACUCCUGACUCUGAGUUCAGCCUAUUGUCUGAACAAUUUUGACUCCUCUGUAUCGCUCUUGCUGUAUGUUGCAUCCCCAGUAUCUGCUGAAUAAAGCCUGUUCUUGAGUGGGCUCUUAAUGGAAUCUGAUACUGACUACAUUAUAUACACAUUACUUAAUCAGAAUUUUGGAAAAAAACAAAAACAAAUAAUUGUUUGAUGAAUAAUUUGAUAAUGUACACAGAAGUAUGGAAAAAUGAUAGGCACAAUGAAAAUGUGUUGUUUACUAUUGUAUAUAAAUUAACAUAUACUACAUUGCCAACAGUAUUCACUACUUUUACACACAUAUAUACGUUAGUGACUCAUCUCUGCUCACUGGGAACUUGCAAAGGAAAGAAAAUUUGUUUCCAUAACUCGGAGGUUGGAGGUCGGAGGUUGUCAUUCAUGCAGGUGACGUUGUCUUGAAGCCAAGUCAUGGCAUCUUCUUUCUUUGAAGGGUUUCACCACUCAUUCAAGUGGCUUCAUCAGUCAGGGUAGUGCCUCCACCUGCAGGAUAAAUGUGGGGCUCAGACUGAUGAGGCCCCUUGGAUGAGUGGAUAACCCCUGUGCUAUCUUAGAUGACCCCACCCUUACAUUGACGUGUUCUCCCUACCAUGACAAAGGUGGAUAAAGGUGGAAAGAUUUCAUGUCAUCCAUGGACACCAGUGAAGAUCACAAAUCAUUGAAGAAAAAAGGUUCAGCGCACUGUCUAGUGGGUCUAGAUGACCCAACUCCCAAUGUUAAAGUGCCUAGGAUAGCACAAGGGUUAAAGGUUUCAAAGAAAGAAUACUUAAAACCCAGAUGCCAUGAUUCAACUUCAAGACAAUCUUCUAUGUUGCUAUACACAGUUAAAGUAAAAUUGAGGUUUAUCUGUGUGUAAACACGUUCCCAAAUCCUCACUGAAUUAUUUAAAUAACAAAACAGGAAUAAAAAAGUGAGAAAAUC